GGGGCGGCCACCGACAAGAGAGCUUGCGCGACGCCCAGCGAAAGCGCCAGAACGAGUACUCGCAGGCGCUCGCCGAGCAAGUGCGGGCGCAGGAAGCCAAAAGAAGGCGGAGCGAGACGCGCUGCGGUACGGCCGCGAGCCACCGGAAGCGACCAACGGCGGCCUCUUUGCAGGUUUCGGCAACAACCACGCGUACGGCAAAAACCACGCACGCGGCCACCACGUCGAAAAGAUGGUGGCGGCAACCAAGGCACCGCCGCCAAGUGAAGCGCCGAACGACAUGCCACCGGCGCAGGGACAUGUGCCUGGAGGGUUCUACGCUUCGCCACCGCACGAGCCAGCAUUUCACGCCCCUUUCCAAGACCAGCAUCCCCAGGGUCCGCCACAAGGACAGCCAUACCAACAACAACAACAACAACAUCACUUUCAGGCCUUUCCAGGGCAUCCCCACAGCCAGCCACCGCAGUACAUGCAUCACUACCCCCCGACGAUGGCCCACCCCCACGUGCCUCCCGACCCGCCGCACGAGCCGCACGACUACCGCGGAGACCGUCACGUGUACGAGCAGGAAUCGCACUACCAGCAUAUGAUAUCGCCUCGACAUGGCGGCGACUAUGAACACGGAUCCAUGCCAUUGCCGCACCCGCCGCCGAUGCAGCCGCAGAGCUCGAGCCCGCCGCCACCGUCGCACGUUGCGGCGCCGCCAGGCACGUCACACGGCCGGCGUCACAUGCUUCAAACGAACCCCAACAUGGACGCGAAGAAGGCGCAGCAAGCGCAGGCACAAGCCUUGUUGCAGCAGCAGAUGGAAGACAACAAGCGACGCAAGGCCGAAGAGAAGCGCAAGAAAGACGAAGAGGACCGGGCCGAGCUCCAGCGCAUCGAAAAAGAGCUCCAGCGCCAGGCUGAGCAGUACGAGCUCGAGAAACAAGCCAAGGCGAAAGACCAGCGGCAUAAACAGCAAGUCCUCGAGCAAGACCUCAAGGCGCGCCAGGAUGCUAUCAAGCCACCGGUCGCACACGAACAAACGCAACGUGAAGCGCCGCCGCCACCAUCGCAUCAAGAACCACCGUUUGAACGCCCGUUUUCGCCGCAAGAGAACCACUGGCAGCCACCACAACCCAUGGACCAGCGCGGACCCUCGUCAUUCGGGCAACAUGGAGGACCCCCUCCGUGGCAGCCGCAGCAGCAACAACAUCAACCUAUGGCGUGGCACUCGCAGCAGCAGCCGUACUCGGACCAUGCACCGUCGUGGGGACCUCCGCACGCGUCGCAUCCUGGCGUGUUCGAGCACCCCCACCCCGCCGCCUUUUUACAGCCCUCGCCGUCGAUGCCAAGCCUCAUGGACGAGCGCUUACACUACUUGACGCUGGAGCUCAGCCGGCAACGCGCACUCGUGGAGCAGCUCGUGUACCAGAAAGCGCCGCAGCUGCCCGCGCCAGUGCCGACGGUAAAUGACCUGGAGCGCCUCCGCAUGGAAAUGCAAGCCGAACUCGACCGACGCGACAUGCUGCACCAGCAAGAACUCAGCCGGCUUCGACAAGAGCACAGCGUGCUGCGUGCACCGGUGCACGAAGCCAGUCCCCGGCGUAAACCUCUCACGGUAUCGUUUCCUCAUGAGCCUACCGUGGCUGAAUCGCGAGUGUCACUGCCGCCGAGCCCGGGACGAUCCAUGGUGGCACCCAGUCCCAAGGAAAAAGCAUUUCCAGGCAACGGAGGUGCCUACCACAUGCAUUCACACACCGAGAUGACGCGCCAGCCGUCGACGACUGCGCUGCGCCGGGCGCCAGUAGUGGCGUCCCGGGAGAUGUCGCCGCGUCGGUCGGUGCCGAUUCAUGCACCGCCAAGUUCGCCGCCCCGUUCACCGAUGGGCAAGCCGUUUCCGGGUGCCGCACAGUACAACCUAAACGCCACAAGCAGCGGUCUCUCACCAAGGAAGUCGCGCCAGAAUGCACCAGCACCCAUAGUGCCUGCACGAAGAACACCUGCGCCACAGGUGAUGGUGCCGACACCGCGGGCCUCUCUGGAAGAAGAGCCGCACGACACCGAGGAGGUCGAAGACGACGAGCUCCCCGCGCUGUCGUCGGCGGUCGAAUGCAAUGAACUUGACGCGCAGUCGGCAUUUGUCGAGACGGAGCUACCGGCUAUCAUCGAGUGCGAGAGCCAAAUGAUCUACCUUGACGGAAGUGUGGAUGCCAACAACAUUCCAGAAGCGCCAUCUGUGCUCACAACGACGCCAGUCAUUCGGGCCGCGCCGGUGACGAUGUCCGUCCACUUGUCGACGCCCGAACCGAUUGUAUUGCUUCCACCUUCGGAGCACCACCUUGGAUUUCAAAAUCAUGCGAUCGACGAAGACAACCAAUUUGUGGUUGCUGUGCCGCUCGAUACGGGCGAAGGUCGCUACGACCUCUUGUUGGGUGGCAACCAGGUCGACGACAGCUUCGACAUUGACGAAGUCUACGAGCGCAACUGCGAACGCAAACUGUUGCUCCAUAAAAUGACGGCCGAGCCGCAUCAAAUGGAGAGCCUCGUCUCGACGUUCAAGGCGGUUGGCUCGCGACGGACUUCACGACCGGUCGACAACGAGCGCAUGCUUGGGAGCUCGUCGUGGCUACAAGAAACCCCGCGCUGGUUGACGCCGAGUCUCUAGCACCGUAUUUACGAAAGAAAACGUUCUAAAAUACCGUUCCGG